AUGCCAUCAGAACAUUUGCUUCGCAUGGGGGCCCUUGGCGCUUUCACGACAGCCCUCUAUGCAUCAUCUGCCCUAGCUACGGCUGAUGACUUUGACGUGCUGAAAUAUGUCGAUCCUCUGAUCGGAACUGCCAAUGGAGGUCAUGUAUUUGCCGGCGCGACGUUGCCAUUUGGCAUGGCAAAAGCCGUUGCAGACACAUCGGGCGAAAACCAGGCUGGCUUCGCUUAUGACACGGAAGUUGUCACCGGGUUUUCUCACAUGCACGACUCUGGUACCGGCGGCUCUCCAUCGAUGGGCAAUUUCCCCAUUUUCCCUCAGCCGAGUUGUCCUGGCGAUGAUAUCAAGCAGUGCAGAUGGCAGCAGUCAGACCGAGAGGUGACCUGGAACCGGGACUCCCCUGAUGCCCACCCUGGCUAUUUCGGCAUUUCAUUGGCCAACGGCGUUCACGCAGAGAUGACUGUUACGAAUCGAUCUGCCUUGUACCGGUUCAAAUUCAAUAAAACUUCCAGCGAACCGCUUAGCCCUGUCAUUCUGGUGGAUUUGAUGGAUUUGCCUCAAUCACGAACUAAGGGAGCUGCCAACGUCGAUCGCUCAACUGGUCGGCUUUCUGGAAGUGGUACUUUCAGCCCAAGCUUUGGAAUUGGUAGUUAUGAGUCCUAUUUCUGCGUUGACUUCAAGGGAGCAGAGCUUCGCGACACUGGAUCCUGGUCUGAAAAUGGCAUUGACUUCAACAAGUCGAGCUUGUCGCUUGAUGCCAACUCAUCUUCGAUGAUAUCCGCUGGCACAUUUGCCAGAUUCUACAGCCCAAAAGAUGACACUAUUCUCGCCCGAGUCGGUGUCAGCUUCAUAAGCGCCGCUCAGGCAUGCUCCAACGCAGAGCGAGAGCAGCCUGACUUCGACUUUGAAGGCACCGUCUCUGCGGCCGAGGCUGCUUGGCGACAGAAGCUGGAAGUCAUCUCUGUGGAUGCCGAAGGAGUUUCAUCUGAGCUGCAGGAGGUCUUUUGGAGCGGAGCAUACCGCACAUUGAUCAGCCCUCAAGACUAUACAGGAGAGAAUCCCUUGUGGAAAAGCGACGAGCCAUAUUAUGACAGCUACUACUGCUUGAUUGACAUCUACCGACAUGAGGGCUUUUUGCCCGACUGCCGCAUGUCACUUUGCAAGGGCAACACACAGGGUGGGUCCAACGCGGAUGUGUUGAUGGCAGAUGCGUAUUUGAAAAAGGUUGAAGGCAUCGACUGGGAGACUGCCUACGAGGCUGUUGUUAAGGACGCGGAGGUUGAACCUGCGAACUGGGAUGUUGAGGGGCGCGGUGGUCUUCACAGUUGGAAGAACCUCGGCUAUAUUCCGUUCCAAGACAUUGAUCCGUACGGCCAAGGCACGCAUACUCGCAGCGUUUCGCGGACGGUGGAAUAUGCGUACAAUGAUUUCUGCAUUGCUGAGAUGGCGAUGGGUAUGGGGCACCAUGCGGAUUAUGAGAAAUACACCACACGAGCCGGAAACUGGAUUCACGUAUUCAAGCCAGAUCAGAAGUCCAGCAUCAAAGGCGUUGACACUGGCUUCACUGGCUUCCUCCAGCCUCGCUACCCGAAUGGGACUUGGGCUUACCAGGAUCCGAUCUUUUGCAGUCCGUUAUUGAACUUCACAUCGUGUUAUCUGAACCCCGACGGCCACGAAACAUAUGAAGGCAGUGCAUGGAUGUAUACUUUCUAUGCACCCCACGACAUGGGCUCUCUGAUCAAGACACUCGGUGGCGCCGAAUCCUUCACAUCUCGCCUGCGCUACCUCCACGACUCAGGAUUGCUAUACGUAGGUGACGAACAAGCAUUUUUGCCGAUCUACCAAUACCACUACGCUGGACGACCUGGUCUCUCUGCGAACCAGAGCCAUUCCUAUAUUCCAUCUCAAUUCAAUACCACCGUGGCCGGAAUCGCUGGUAACGAUGACAGUGGUGCAAUGGGCUCUUUCGUGGUCCUGAGCAUGCUGGGCAUGUGGCCAGUCGCCGGUCAAGACGUGUACCUGAUUACUCCGCCAUACUUCAAGGAAGUCAGCAUUCGAAACCCGAUCACCAACAAGGUUGCCACUAUCCGCAACCUCAACUUUGACCCCAGUUAUAAAUCCAUUUACAUCCAGAGCGCCAAGUGGAAUGACAAGCCCUGGACCAAGAACUGGAUCACUCAUGACUUCUUUGCUGACGGUGGUGUCCUGGAACUCGAGCUUGGCCCCAAGGAGAGUGCAUGGGGAACUCAUGUUGAAGACCUUCCUCCCAGUAUCAGUAAAUACGAGUAA